UGUUAUAGUAUCUAUAACAUUUUCUUUGAUUUGAUUUUAAAAUGGCGGAUGUCUCAAGCGAAGACCGAAAAGUAAAGUUAACUAAAAAUGGCAAAAUUGUGAAAAGACGCACACGAAAUCCAGAAGAAUGGCACAAACAAAAACAAAAGCGACUACGAAUAGCUGGGCUGGAAUACAUAAACGCGAACGGUAAAGUUGUUCCGCCAAAACAUCCUGGACCCGAUUGCAACUGCCGUCGAAAUUGCUUUCAAAAAGUCCCUGAAGAUGUGCGAAUGAAAACAUUUCAAGGCUUCUAUUCCAUGAAGACGCACGACGAACAAAAUGCCUAUCUGUUUGGUCUCAUGAGACAAGUAGACGUGAAGCGGAAAAGAGUAAAAUCGAGCAGCCGCCGCACUUGCACUUUUGAAUACUUCAUAAGAGUCAAAGGGCGUGAGACCCAAGUAUGUCAGACUGCCUUUAAAAAUAUUCAUGCAAUAACAGAGCGCAAAGUGAGAGUACUCUGUAAAAAGAUGGAUGAUGGCGUCAUGUUCCCCAGUGACAACAGAGGAAAAAACAGCCACAGAAGAUCUGGGGAGGUACGGCUCCCAAAUGGGGUAAUAGACCAAAUCAAAAACCAUAUCUAUUCCAUUGUUCAUACACACAGAUUGAAAGACUUCAUCCGGCUGGACAAAAUUGCUGGGCUAGAAAUUAAUAUUUCCAAAAUGUGGAAGGAUUACAUAAAAACCUAUGAUCCAGAUAACAUAACAGCUACAAUGCCUAAAUCUAAACGCAGCUCUGAUAUAGCACUCCAAACAGAACCACCACUGCAAAUACAGAAUCAACCUCUACAGGAGACCUUUGCUCCUAUUGCAUAUCCAGGUAGUGGGCACCUAGUAAACAUUGCCGAGAACUACUUUGAGAACCAGUAUCAAACAGCACUAGCUACUACAACUAAUUCUACAAAUUUUUAUCCAACACAAAAUGGGGCUCCAGGAAUGGGUAUCAUUCUUCAGUCCACUGUGACCAGAACCACUCAACCAACAGCUUUUAUCUUGCUGCAAACAAAAUCUGAACCCCAACAUGCUGAUAACAGUACCUUGGCUAUUGCCAAUGUUCCCUACAAUCACACCCCUGAAUUAGAAGAUGAAACUUGUGAGAAAGAAGUAAAAAAAUUAAAGAAAGAAAGAAAAAAAGGCCCUCUUGUCAAACAGUGGAGAUACACUAAUAUAUUUCAUGAUGAGAUCAAUGGUGCUGCAUUGGCAGCAAUCAAAACGAGGCUUGGGAUGUACUAUGCAGAAAGUGAUGCUGCAAGAAAAAAGGCCAAGCAGGCUCGGCCACAAGAAACAGUACAGAUUCAAGUGCCUCCUGAGCAACCACAAAUUCGAACAGAACUAGCACCUCUCCGGCCUCCACAUCAACCCAUCAGACCAACACAUACUGUAACAAUCUAUACAUAAUAUUGUCAUGUUUUGGACUUUGUCGACUGAUUUGUUAAUUAAUUUCUCGAAUAACGUUAGAAGUAACAUUAGAUGAACAAUUUAUGUUAUCAUUAUUUUAGGUUGCAUAGGUUAUAACAAAAAACAUUAUAUCCAUGCUUUUUUAUAAUUAUGUCUUUUAUAAGGAAAACAAGAUCUAAAAAGUAC